AUGGGAGAAGACCCCUCGAACAAACUUCUAUUUUCGAAAGUAAUUAACGAGGAAAUUCCCAUCCAAGAAUGUAAUAUUGUGAUUGAUCGAAGUGGUGCAUAUCAUGUUGCCCAGUUUUCUGAUGAAGUUCAUGACUCUGUUAACCAUAACAUGCAGAGAACGAUGAUCAUUCAUCUCUUGGGGAGGACGAUAGGAUAUCUGGCACUUUGGAACAAAAUUAAUAUCCUAUGGCAACCAAUGGGGAGAUUUCAACUAAUUGAUUUGGACAAUGACUACUUCCUGGUCAGAUUUGAAUCGGAUAGAGAUUAUACGAAUGUUCUUACUGAAGGCCCCUGGGUGAAUUUUGGUAGCUAUUUAACGGUACAACCCUGGAGUCAUAGUUUCGAUACUACUGAUAGCCACCCUUCACAAGUAAUUAUCUGGAUUAGGUUAUCGAGGUUACCUUAUAGGUAUUACACAAAGGCUCUAUUUUGGAUCCUAGCUGCGGAGAUUGGGAAGGUUAAUAAAAUUGAUUAUAAUACAAGAGCGGAAGGAGGCAAGUUUGCUAGAGUAGCGGUGACCGUCGACUUGAAUAAACUGCUACUGCCAUGCAUUGGGAUUGAUAGAUUUGUUCAGAGAUUGGAGUACGAUGGACUCCAAAACAUUUAUUUUCAAUGUGUGUUAUAUGAACAUGUCAAAGACCAAUGCACCUUAUAG